AGCAAGCAGAAGUCACUCAUUUCAUGUGUUGUGAAGCUAUAGUAAGGUUCAGAAGUGCAAGCCAUCUAUGAAGAUAUGAGUUUUGAACUGGGCAAAAUGGACACUAGUGAAAUUUAUCAUUCUCUAUCAGAUAUUUCUGCUUACACUGAACUGAAAGACAAGAAGAAACCAGGAAAGAUCUUGACAUCUGCUGUUGGUCUCAUCCUAAUACUUAGUGCUUUAUUAGCACUCUGUGCUGUAGGGAUUCUUUAUCAUAAUAAAGUGGUCUCAUAUGACAUAUUAAGUGAGCAAUAUGCUAAUGUUACUGCAACAUUGAUGACCCAUGAACACAAAGCCAAGGAGACUGAAAAACUGCAUGAAGCACUGAAGGUGGAGCUUCAGCAAGUUCAGCAAGAUCUGGCAGCAUGCAGUGCAAAUCAAAACCAGGGACAAUGUGAGAAAGGAUGGAAGUCUCUUGGUUUAAAGUGUUACUACUUCACCACUGUUGAACUCAACUGGGCACAGAGUCGAGAUUAUUGUGUGAAGAAAGGAGGCCACCUGGUGAUUAUAACCAGCCAAACUGAACAGGAUUUUGUAGUUUCUCAAAUUAGAAAAACACACUGGAUUGGCUUGCAUGACUUGGAGACUGAGGGACAGUGGAUGUGGGUGAACAACCAGCCCUUAAACGAGACGGGUGUAACGUUCUGGUAUAGCGCUCCAGGGAGACCAGAUGAGCCUGAUAACUGGAAAGAGGAGGACACUGCUGGAGAGAACUGUGCUGCUCUGGGUCAUGAGUUUGGUGAGACAGAUAAAUGGUUUGAUGCUUCGUGUCGUAAUUUGAAACAAUUCAUCUGUGAAAAAUAAAAUACCACUUUUUCACUCACAUUUGUGUAAAUAUCAGCUUUACAUUUUACAUUCAUAUCACUUUUUGGAGAAGAGCAAAUCUUUUACAUACUCUGUAAUAUUUUACAUAUUUCCACAUGCUCAGAUCUACUGCCUUUUAACCUUUAUUUUAACAGUUGUCAAAAAAUCUAAAAGAUAUCGUAAAGAUCAAAGAAAGAGUGUAUACAGUAUACCUACAGUAUACCGUAAACUAUAUACAGGUUAUACAUACAACUCUUCAUACAUUGUAGCAGAAAAAAAUGCCAACUUAUUGACAACUUCAGUUAUUUCAUUUUUUAAUUCCACUUCAAUGAUUAAAGUGCUAUUGCUAAGCAGUUAGCUCCUUGGCUAGCGUAGCUACAUAAUAAUAAUUGAGAUCCAUAGGCGUUGGUGUUUUUUCAAAACCAUGCUACAAACAUGUAUUUCUAUUCUAAAGUUUUCUUUUUUCAUACUCAUUUUUUCAUACUCAUUAUUAUUAUCAUCAUCAUCAUUAUUAUUAUUAAUAGAGAACAUCAUUCUCCAAAAAUAUAUUCAUUAUUUUUAAUUUAUAAAUAACCCAAUAUUGUUUAACAGAUCGAUAGGUUCUCCUUUAAUUUGUGUUUCUUUUGUAUGUACUAAUGCUAUGAAUAUUUAAUGAUAAUUGAGUAGUGUGCAUUUUAUGUUAGCUAAAACUGAAUGUAAUGUUAAGUUGCAUAUAUGAAUGAAUAAAAAUGUA